CAAAUUAAAAAAAUAGACUAUAGUCUAUAACUAAUGCUAGCUGACUGGCUUUGUCCACCCACAUACAGAAACUCAUCUGAAUUAAAGAGAGGAAGAAGAAAAAGAGAGAUAUGGGAAUUGAAUUGAAGAGUCCAUAUCUCUACUUCUCUUUCACUGUUGUACUUGUUUUCCUCAGCACAAGCACAAGCACAAGCAUAGCAGAUUCUGGUGAGGACACCAAGAACACGAUGAUGAUCAGCUCCGAUCAGUGCAACGCCAGCAUAGGUGAAUGCUUCACAGAUGAAGAGGAGUUCAUGGAAUCAGAAGUGAGCAGAAGAAUUCUUGCUAACACAGGCAAAUACCUUUCAUAUAGGGCUGCAGGUUCGAGGAAUCCGGUGUGUGAUUCAACAAAAAGAUUUAACUGCGGGAAACGCAGGAAUGAGUAUAAUCGCUGUACCACCUACGACCGAUGCAGUCGCCGUGGUUGAUGGUGUGUGUGGUCGGGUCGAAUCAUCGUCGUCCUCAUCAUCAUCAUCAUCUUUGCUUUAAUCUCAUAUGAAUUGAAUUGAAUCGCGCUGAAUUAAAUUAAGAGUAUGGCUUUCUUUUGUGGUUUCAUGUUUCUUUUUACUUUUUAAUUUCAAGUGGUUUCUUCUUGUAUAUUACUGUGUGCAUUUUGUUCUUUGAGUAUAAUAAUAAAAUGUCUUUCCUUCUCUUCUCAAUAA